CUCCACUGCUCUAUCCUCUCUUGUGUGGGUGUGCGUGCAAGUAUGGUGUGCCUGACAACUGUGGCGCUAGGUUUUCUGGCAGUGCCAACGAUCGUGUGGCUCGUCACCUACUUUGUACCCCUGCUGCUGGUGGCGGUGCUACCCCCCCAGAACCUGAAGAAGAAGUAUGGAGCGAAGUGGGCCCUCGUGACUGGUGGCGGGAGCGGGAUAGGGAAGGCUCUCGUCGAAGAGCUGGCGCUACAGGGCCUAAACGUAGUGAUUGUGUCCAUGGACGACCAGUUCCUAGCGGAUACGUUCGCGUUGGUGUCAUCCAAGUUUCCGGGGCAGGAGUUCCGGAAAGUCGGCGCUACGUUUUCUCCGGGGGUGGACUACAUGGACAAGAUCAAGGCGGUGACCUCAGACAUUAAUGUCCAGUGUGUGUUCAACAACGCGGGCUUCAUCGUGACCGGCUUCUACGAGUCGUCCGCAGAGGGCAAGCAGAUGGCCAACCUCGAGUGUAACGCCACCGCAGCGGCCAAGAUCUCGCAUCACUUUGUGGGCCGGAUGAUCCGCGAAAAACAGAAGGGCUGCGUGGUGUUCACGUCCUCUGUUGCCGCGUACUGCCCCACCCCCUUCUCGGCCAUGUACGGUGCAACGAAGGCGUUCUUGUCCAACCUCGCCGCGUCCCUCUCGGUGGAGGUCCGCUGCAAGGGCAUCGACGUGCUGUCCGUCCACCCUUCCCCCGUGGCCAGCCAGUUCUACAGCAACCUCGACCACACUAUAGAGCUCAUGGACAAGGCCAAGGAGUCGGCGGUGCCCCCGAACGUCUUGCCGAGGGAGAUCCUCAAGAGCAUCGGGAGGGUCGUGUGGCGGGACAUCGGGGGAAUGGCGGUGGGGGUACGCGUGGGCACGAAGAUGCUGAGCUACAACUUCCUCGCGACGGCGUUCUCGAUGGUGGGGCCCUACUUACCGGACUACAAGAAAAACGAUGUGGGCAGAUGAAACCACUGCUGAUACAUUGUGUCCGAUAGGUGUUGAAGUCCUGGAGGCGACGAAACGCUUUUUGAGGUGAUGGGUUGACAAUAUCGCGAGUUUUACCUCUGUAAGGUUGCUGUGCGGUGUUUUAGCGGCGACUUUGGUGUUGUGUAAUUGCUGGGGGUAGUGAGUGAGUGAUGAUUUCGUAGGAAGCGGUACGGUGCCAUGAUGGAUGCCAUGAUGGGCAAGGACACCCUGCGAAGCUCUCAAUCGGUCAUGUAAGUAAGAACCUUUUUCCUUUGAACAGCAGGGUUAUUUUAUUGUUGUCGUUGUUUGUAGCGGUUUCAACAGCUGGAAAAUGUUGUGCUCAGUGCCUUCGUUCCUUUUGUCCUCGGGUGUGUACUGCACGCCGGGCAGUGAAAUUCAUGACAUGUGCCGUCAUCUUGUCGGUUUCGGCAUCCUUGGGGUGUGCCAUGAUACGGCAGUUCGUAGAGUGGCAUCCACUCUGUUAGUUUCGCACACCACUGCCUUCGAGAGGCUUUCUCUUGAAUAUGUAGGAAAACGUGUGCCUGUGAGGCUGUUGGUUCGAAACCUGGUGUCGUGUGCGGUGUGUUGGUUGCCACGUGUCGAAAACUCCACCUGCGCCUUUCUUGCGCCAUGUGACGCAGUAGGUGCAGAUUUUUCGGAUUUUCGUUCGACUCUUCGGAUUUGGCGACUUGCGGAGGAAAAAUGCGAAGCUCGUAAUG